AGCGCGUGUCCACUUCAUCAGAUUCCACGUAUGUCAGUUGUGUGGUUAUUCUUCAAUCGCUCCAACGGACAAUUUGCGACAACAAAAAAUAGUGAAAGAAACAAUAUAAAUAAUAACUCGUUGCGGGUAAACGAAGAGAUAAUUGAAAAUGGUCUCCGUUCUAAACACGGUGGACACGGGCCACGAGGACAUGAUACACGAUGCCGAAAUGGACUAUUACGGAUUGAGGUUAGCUACCUGCUCAAGUGACAAUUCGGUGAAAAUAUUCGAUCUGAAGAACGGCACGCAAACCCUCGCUGCAGAUUUGAAAGGCCACGUCGGUCCUGUUUGGCAAGUUGCCUGGGCUCAUCCGAAGUUCGGCAAUAUCUUGGCAUCUUGCAGUUACGACAGGAAAGUCAUAAUUUGGAAGGAGCUUGGUGAGUGGACCAAGAUAUAUGAACAUGCGUCCCACGACUCGUCUGUGAACUCCGUUGCAUGGGCGCCGCACGAGUUCGGACUAAUAUUGGCAUGCGGCAGCUCUGACGGCUCGAUCUCCAUACUUUCUAACAAUGGUGACACCUGGGAUGCCCAGAAAAUUCCAAACGCACACACCAUCGGGUGCAAUGCGGUCAGUUGGUGCCCAGCCAUUGAACCUGGAUACGACGCUACCGCGCCUCACCCUCGCAGUGGACCUGUUAAGCGACUUGCGACUGGAGGAUGCGAUAAUUUGGUCAAAAUAUGGAGGGAGGAUAACGAAAGAUGGAUCGAGGAAAAUAAACUCGAGGCUCACAGCGACUGGGUCAGAGAUGUGGCCUGGGCGCCAGCAGUUGGACCACCGAGAGCGGCACUGGCUUCCUGUUCUCAGGAUCGCAGGGUGGUGGUGUGGACGUCGACAGAUUGCACAAGUUGGACGUCGACUGUCCUGAACGUGUUCGAGGACGUUAUAUGGAACGUCAGUUGGUCUCUGACUGGUGGGAUUCUGGCAGUGAGCGGAGGUGACAACAAAGUAUCUCUGUGGCGUGAAAAUUCCGAAGGCCAAUGGGCAUGCAUUUCGGAGCUCAAUAAGGGUCAGGGAAAUUUGAACAAUCCAGAACAACGAGCAUUGUGAAAUUAGCAUAAUAGAACUGAAGAGAAAAAUCAGAUUAUCAUUA